UGUGGAUGGCAUCCGAUUUACCGUGCAUAAACAAAAACACCUGUGCUGGGGGUUCAGGUGCGUGACUGGGCCUAGGAUGUGCCCCAGAGGUAUGGAAGAGGACAGGCCACGGGCGGCGGAGCUGGCUGACUGUGGUGGGCAGCGUCUGGAGCUACCACCGCCCUACUCGCAUAGGUAUGGGGGUCAGAAACAUAAAGGAGAAAAGAAAACGCAGGCACACAGGACUUCUGGCUGAAAAAAUAAAGGAGAUGUUGGAGAAAAUAGGGUGUUAAUUUCUAAGCCCUGCAGAGUUAUGAAAGAUCUUGCACUUGAAUGCAAUGGCAUGGGAAAUGGCACAUAGAGAGCAGCUGAAGACUGAAUAUAGCUUGUUUUGUGUGAGCUAGGCGUGUGUUAAGUUGGCAGCAAAACAGCGAUUAAAAAUAUCAAGCGGCACCUGGAAGGACGUCCACACGCUUAGCGCAGGGUAAGAGCUGUGGAGCUCUAGGGAGCACAGGCCAGGCAGCACCUGGAAAGGCAUCUAGCCCUCGGCACAGGCUAAGAGCGAUCCCACGGACGCCGGCGCAGCUCCCGGCGGCACCGGCAAGGCGAGGACCGUCCCCCGGGCACUCUGGGACGGGUAGUUCUGUCCGGGCGCUGCCAGCAGGCCGUCCGGGGUGGGGAACUACGCUUCCCAGCGUGCCCCGCGGCACCGAGGAGCCGAUAAAAAGGCGGCGGCGGCAGCUGUUCGCUCACACGGUGGUCGGCAGGUACGGGCGGGCCGGGCUGGCGGUUGGGGGCGGUUGGUGCCGGCAGGUGCUUCUCUCUCAUGAGGCCGCAGGACCCGUCGCAGGGCGGCCCCGCCGCCGUGGUCGCCACGUUGUCGGCGCUGGAGAUGCUGAAGCAGCGGGCGUGCGAGAGCGUGGAGCUGAACGCGGCGCGGCUGGGUGCGCUGAGCCGCGACAUCUGGAGCCGGCCCGAGCUGGCCUACGAGGAGCACCAGGCGCACGACGCCAUGACCCGCUUCUUCUCCAGCGGGGAGCUGCCGGGUGCCCCCUGGGCCGUGCAGCCGCGCUACAAGCUGGGCACGGCCUUCCGUGCCGAGUGGGGCACGGCGGCCCCUCACGGUCCGCGCCCGCUCCGCGUCGCCUUCCUUUGCGAGUACGACGCUUUGCCCGGUAUCGGCCACGCCUGCGGGCAUAACCUCAUCGCCGAGGUGGGAGCCGCCGCCGCGCUGGGGCUGAAGGCCGCCCUGGAGAGCCUGCCGCAGCCGACGCUCGUCGCCGUCCAGAUCACGGUGCUGGGGACGCCUGCGGAAGAACAAGGAGGAGGCAAAAUAGACCUGAUAAACGCUGGAGCGUUUGACGGCCUGGAUGUGGUUUUUAUGGCACACCCCUCGCAAGAAAACGCAGCUUACCUGCCCGAUGUGGCCGAGCACGAUGUGACUGUGAAAUACUAUGGAAAAGCUUCUCAUGCUGCUGCUUAUCCUUGGGAAGGAGUUAAUGCAUUAGAUGCUGCUGUUCUUGCAUACAACAAUCUGUCUGUUUUAAGACAGCAAAUGAAACCGACCUGGAGAGUUCAUGGUGUAAUAAAAAAUGGUGGUGUGAAACCUAACAUCAUUCCUUCUUACACUGAACUAGAGUUUUACUUGCGUGCCCCUUCAAUGAAAGAUCUUUCUGUUCUGACAGAGAAGGUUGAGAACUGCUUCAAAUCUGCAGCACUGGCCACAGGAUGCAAAGUGGAAAUAAAAGGUGGUGAAAAUGAUUACUACAAUGUGCUUCCAAAUAAGAGCCUGCAGAAAGCUUACAAGGAGAAUGGAAAGAAGCUUGGAAUAGAUUUUAUAUCAGAAGACCGUAUCUUGAAUGGUUUGUCAGGUUCCACAGACUUUGGAAAUGUUACAUUUGUAGUCCCUGGGCUUCAUCCUUAUUUUUAUAUUGGCUCUGAUGCAUUGAAUCAUACUGAGCAGUACACAGAAGCUGCAGGGUCACAGAAUGCUCAGUUCUAUGCUUUGCGCACAGCAAAAGCUUUGGCAAUGACAGCACUGGAUGUCAUUUUCAAGCCAAGUCUGCUAGAAGAGGUCAGGGAAGACUUUAGAGAGGUGAAGCUAAAAGAAGAGGGACAAAUAAAUCCAGUAGAACCUAACACAGAAUCUGGCGUUGGCAUAGGAGCGUGUGCAUCACACUAAGCUUAAUUAAACCUGUCAGUAGGAUUGACUUAACGGAGAUGCUGUAUUUAAAUCCCAGAAAGGGCUGGAUAAACACAUAGCUGAAGAAAUGUUGAUUUUUUUUUUUGGACUUUAGGAGAAGCAAAUAGUACAUUGCUUUCCAAAAUGUGCAAUUUCAUCUAGCUGUAACAUUGGCUGUAUUCAAUAUGGUGAUGAAUUUCAGAGAGAGAUCUCAAACAUGUUGCCUUUAAGUUGCAGUGUUGAAUAAAUGAUAGUGUUUAGAUCCCUUGCCAGUGAUUUUCUAUGUAUUGCUAAAGUAAUAUUCCUUAUAGGGAAAUAUGGCAUUUACAUAGAAAUUUUUGUUCUAAAAUAAGCACUGUUCACUCACUGAUCAUAGACUGGAUGUGACCUAUGAAGCAUUUCUCUCUGGUUAGUCACUUUUUCUCGGGACAAGAUAGAGGAUUAAAACCUGAGCUGGUUUCACUGGAGGGAAGGGUAUAUAUUUGCAAGUAUGCCUGGUUUUAACACUAGUAGCUUCUAGCAAUGGAAGAGAAGUGUAUGGAAAUGUGAUCUGUAAAGGUUGAUUGUCCUGAAAUGCAUUGUCCUUCCUCCUAAUAAAUUUUGGAGGUGGUGUGGAGAAGUCAUUGAUCAAAAAAUUGGAAAGCAACUAGUGCUUGUUUAACGCAUUUAAACUACUGCAGGAAAAUGCAUGUGCACCUUUUUAAGUUCUACACUAAGGCAAUACAAGUGUCCACACAAGGUGUUGCACUGAUCUGGAGGAUGUGUAUAAAUUCAGCUAAACCAGUAGAAAUCUUUUUCACAAAGAUACAAACAUGGUACCAUGAAGCAGUAAAUUAAGGUAGCCUUAAACUGGUUGUGUGCAAACCCCUGUAAUAAGCUCUGAGAAGCUUGCACUGAGGAUUGCUUGUGCAACAGUAACGGGCUUCUCAAACCUGUUUGUUUGCAUAUCCUAAGCAACAGAUCUGUUAAGUCUUGCCAGUUGUUCUAUCUGUGUGGUUAGUCUGUUUAGUCCUUGCUAUUUUGCUUCCCAGACAGGUUAAUGUUGCAAAUUUUAUCUAGGUGGUGUUCUGUGUGUCCAAACAUCUUUGGAAUUUUUUUAAUUUGCUUGUUAAAGGCUGACAUGAAUACAUAGAGAAGGAACUAAUCUUUUGUUCAGAUACAAAUUGCUGAGUCAAUGGACAGACUGAGUGAAAAAGCAGCUUACUGGUUAACAUUUUCCUAAGCAUAGGUUUUAUAGUGAGCUUCUGAAAAGUCAAUACCCAAAAUAAUUUCGGGAACCUUGUUUUUAACAGCACCAAUUUCUAAAUGGUGAAAUUCUAAUGAGACUUUAUAUUUUAUUAAUGUCUAUAUUCAAUUUCUAAUUUUGGAAAAAGCAAAUUCCUUAUCUUGGUUUAACUGUGCUCCCUCUGGGUUUCUGCACAUACUCUUUAACACAGACCUCCAGCUGCUAUUUAACAAUCCUGUUGAGAUUUUCCCGUCUGUUUGUAUGUCGUGUAGACAAUGUAAUUUGACAGUUUUUAGACUUUCAGAUGAUACUUAUAUACUGUGUGCUUGUAAUAAUAGGACACAGACUGUCUAUUAAUACAAGAAAUGCUCAGUGUCUUUAGAAAAGGGAAGUAACUGUAUAUCUGUUUGUCAAAGAACUAGAGGCAUAAAUAAUGUUUUGUAUUACAAGGCAGUUGUUUGAAGAGUUGAGCAUGACCGCAAGCCUUCUGGUUACAAGUGGGUCCUUGCAGCAGUACCCUUGCUUUCAUUAGCAGACAGUUUUGACAGAUGAAUGCAUGAACCAGAUGAGUGUUGGACUCUGAGCUUAUAGGUAUGUCCAGGAUAGUAAGUUGGAUACUAAAUCCAGCUGAAAUUUGGUCCAAAGCUUGUCAAAGGAACUUUCUCCUUAAUUUUUACCUUAAACCCUGCCUUGCCAGUUCUCAGACACAAUUACAAUUCAUGAAGUUCUACUGGGUUAACAAGCUAGUUUAUUAAUUUCCUUAGCAUAUGUGGUUUUUAUUUCCUCCUGCAUGAACUGUUUAACUUGCUUUGCUGUUUUUAAGAUGGAGUGUUGGAAUGCCAGCAAUAGGAAUACGUGCUGCAUUGUUGGGUUUCCUACAGGCUGAUGUGUUAUAGCCUUCUCGGUUCUCCGUCCCAACUAGCUGGCUGUUGGCUGCAGCAUGUCCAAGAUCGUUUAAUUAAACAUUUCUGCACUAAAAGCAUGUCUUAAUUUUGUUGUAAUGAUUGCUGGAAUUAAAAUGAAACUGAAGUACUGAUUAAAGAUGAGUUGAUAUCAAUAAAGCAAUUUAAUUGUGACUGAA